CUUACCACUGAGCUACAGGAAAAGCUAUUUUCUUUAUUACAGGAAAAUUUACAGAAUUAUCGUACAUAACAGACAGCUGUGUAACUUUCAUGUGUAUACUUUUACAAAUAGUUCGCAAUUGAAAUACAAUUCUACACACGUCGGAUUUAGAGUAUUUCCUACCUCCCCCGGAAUGUAUUUCUGGAACGGCGCUGUUUUAAUGUUAACACGUAACCUAGUUAAACUGUUUUAUUGAUAGUUCAUAUGUCUAUGUAACUAAUAUUGAUGUUUUAAUCUUACUAAAAGUUAAAUGCUACUAACUAAACCAAGACGUAAUUUCCGUGUUGAAGUGGGAAAUAUCUCCGAGGUGUCGGGAACGCGUGACGUCAUCGCUCCGCCGAAAUGCAGCGUGGCUAAAUUGCUAGGCAACGAGCUACAGAAACAAGUGAACCUGUAUCGACCGCGGUAAUAUGGGGAGAUAAAUCCAACUGUAAACUUUAUAAACGAUAUAUUUUAAUAAAAAUGACGACUAUGUUUAUGGCAGAGGGGCUCGCGCCCCAUCUCAAUGAUCAAAUCACUCAACUACAGCGAAAAAAUCAACUUCUGGAGGGAGACAAAAACGUGUAUUUAGAAAGCUCUCAAUCUGCAAUCAAGACGAAUAGAGACACCGUCAUACAGCUCAGACAGGAAAAUAAAGAUCUGCACAAGAAGCUGGCAAAGUCCCUUGCUGGAGAUGAACAGGUUAUCAGAGAGGCCUUUCAGAGCUAUGGGGUGGAGAGAGCCGCUUUCUCAAACAUGUCUGGGAAGGCAGCUCAGACUGUGCUGGAUCAGAAGCUAUGUGAUAAAAUGAAGAAGCUCAACGCUCUGAAACACACCACACAGACUCACAGACGCCAUUUAGACAAACUGAAGCUCCAGAAUCAAAACUUGAUGCCAGCCAGCAGCAGCUCUCAGCCCGAUGUCCAGAAACCAGAAGAAGAGGACAAGAAAGAAGGGGACUCCGCCGAUCAAUCUCGCCAAAAGACAUUACGCAUACUGGAAAACCGGUUUGAGAAAGCUCAACUGAAAUGCCAUGAAGCAGAUCACAUCAUGCGGGGAUACCACAAACUGAAAGAGCACCUGCAGGAGGAGAGUCUGACAUUUCAUUCUCAGCUGGACCAGCUGGAGGCAGAUAUCCAGCAACAAGCACAAGAACUCGAAGAACUGAAGGUCAUGAACAGUGACCCUCAGCUUUCUAGAGAGUCUGCUAAGGCUGAGCACCAGCUUCACGAGGAGCAGGUGUACGGAGAGCGCAGAGAGAGAGAGAAAAUCCUUUCCCACUAUAAAAGACAGGCGGAGGAGAUGAAGGCUCAUGCAGAAAGGAUGGAGAGAAGACCCCAGAGGGCACCCAUGCACCCUGAUGAGAUGGGCAGCGAGGCCCAGCGCAGUGCCACUGGAGUCGGGGAGGAAGAGGAAACCAUGUCUGCGUUCGAGGAAGCUUACCAGCGCAUCAAAGAUGCCAUCGGGGUCACAGACUCACAGGAAAUAGUGGACAGAUUUAUCUCUCAGGAAGAAAGUCAGAAACAUCUGGAAAACAUGAAGGCAGAAAAUGAGAGAACUCUUCUUCAGUUAAACGAAGAGAAAAAUGAGCUGCAGAAACACUUUCAGGAUAUUAAAUACUCAGGAGAAACUAAACUCUCAAGUGAGCAGCAGGUUCUGGAGGAAUGUGAGCGUCAUCUUCGGGACGAGCAGCAGCGUCUGGAUGCGGCUAAAGAUCGUCUGGAGUGGCUCACGCGUACACUCGGCUCCGUCAGGGCUGGAGUUCAGCAUCUCGGCGACAAACUGCAGCAUAUGCCGCUGACGAAGCAGCCGGGACCCCAGCUGACCCCAGACUCAGAAGAAUAUGUGCUGCAACUGCUGUCUGACGCCGAACAAAAAAUGAUACUGCUGAAGGAGGAUCUGCAGGGCAAAGAUCUGGCAACCGUCAUGAAAGAGAUGGAAGAAAAUGAGUUUCAAGCCAGUAUGGAAGAGAAACUGCCCCAGCAGAACACACGCAUUCAGUUGCCCGAGGCUCAGAAACUGGACCUCUUUGAUGAUGAGAAGGAAAGAGGCGAGGACGAGGCUGAUGUCGUCACGCGUGCCAUCCUAAAGCACCGGUCGCAGCUGAUCAUCGACGCAAAGACCAAGAGGAGGACACGUGUUAAAAAGAGCAAAGAAAAAAUCUGAUCUGAUCCAGAUACUUUAGCUGAAAUUUUUAUUCCUUAGUUGUGGAAGGUUCUGUCUUGUGUAUAAGCACAGUUUGAGUUCAUUAAAAGUAUGAUCUGCUUAAAAUCUUCUGCACGAGUUCAUACAAGACGAAAGACACAACUUAUGAAGUUAACGUGACACCUGUUGAAUACCUCAAUCCUAAGGCGACACCUGCUUGCGUUCAAGAUAAGACGGAGAUCAAUUCUCAGCAAACAAUCUGAAAAAUGUUGUGAGGAACAUCAAGAACCUUUGUGCUCCAAAUACAUAGUAGCUCUCAGUACAUUCCUGUUGUUGAUCUUAUUCAUGAUUUAUUACCAACACAUAUGCAAAAUCGUCUGGCUUCCUCUACUUCUCAGAUCUCAAAUAUUUUGUCAUAACAGAUCACAGUUAUCUUUGCUAAGAACCAAUUUCUUUAGAGCUGAUUCAUAACAAAAACAUUUCUUUAAGAUCGAAUGAUUAUUAUCAGAAUUGUUUUUUCAGCAUAUUUAGCAAAACAUCAUUCUGAUGAUAUGUUUAGAUUGUCUAACCUUGAUACAUAACACUUCAGAUACACUAAUGCAUGUACAGUACAACAGGGCUGUGUGUGUGUGUGUGUUUGUGUGAUGAAAAAGAUCAAAAUAUUUGAUCUUAGACAAAUAAAGUUAAUAAGUUGAGUAUAUUAUGCGCAUGCGCUAGUUUAUCGCGUUUCCAUUGUGAUUCCAAGUUGUUCUGUUAAUAAAUUAUUAUUCACAAUUAUUAUCUAAUAUGAUUCUUGAAAGCCAAAAUCAAAUUCCUCUUAAUAUUGUUCGUUUUUUUAUCAUCCUAAAGAAAAAAAUAUUAUUAGCCUAAACAAUCAGAAAUAUGUCUCAUAAAUUGUUGUAUUUU